CUGCUACAGAACAUUCUUCAGCUCAGACAACAAGCAAGAUUAUCUAAACUCACCAGAUCAGAAGUCAAAGUAUUGACCUCUACAGAUUGCUACAAAUGGCAGGCUUUUCUGGGUGAUCUUUCAGUAACAUAAACAUACAUAUUCAGAUGACGUUGGGAUAUUUUUCACAUCAAUGAUGAAAGGAUUAUCUGGCAGUCGCAGUCACCAUCAUGGGAUUGCCUGUGAACCAGCAUGUGAUUCUCUGGUACAUCACUCAGACAGGAAGCCAUAUUUGUUAAAUCCUGUGGACCAUCAUCCCGCAGAUCACUCUUACUACACUCAGAGGAACUCUUUUCAGGGAGAAUGCAUGGUUCCCUACAAUGAUCAGAUUGCUAGCAGUACAUUCCCACGGAGACAUUACAAUUCUCACAAUGAGCUUAAAGACGAGUGUGCUUUGGUGCCACAUGGAACAACCAGUAAAGCGAAUCGCAUCCCUGCUAAUCUUUUGGACCAGUUUGAAAGGCAGCUCCCUCUUAAUCGCGAUGGCUAUCAUACUUUACAGUACAAACGGACUGCUGUAGAACAUCGUAGUGAUAGUCCAGGGAGGAUCCGCCAUUUGGUUCACUCUGUUCAAAAGCUUUUCACAAAGUCUCAUUCUCUUGAAGGCCCCUCCAAGGGAAGCAUCAAUGGAGGCAAAGCGAGCCCAGAGGAGAUGCAGACUGUGAGGUAUGGCAAGCGUAGCAAGAGCAAAGACAGGCGGUCAGAAGGAAAAUCCAGGUCUAAUGCAUCAGGAUGGUGGAGUUCAGAUGACAACUUGGAUAAUGAUGUUUGCAUUUAUCAUCAUGGGCCAAGUGGAGUUAUGACUAUGGGAAGAUGCCCUGACCGUUCCACUUCUCAGUACUUUAUGGAAGCCUAUAACACUCUUAGUGAACAAACUGUGAAGCCGUCCAGAAGCAAUAAUGAUGUCAAAUGUUCCACCUGUGCAAACCUGCCAGUAAAUUUGGAUUCUCAGUUAAUGAAAAAAAGCUCUUGGUCCUCUACGCUGACAGUGAGCAGAGCCCGUGAGGUUUACCAAAAAGCUUCCAUGAAUAUGGACCAGACAGUGGUGAAGUCAGAGACCUGUCAACAAGAACGGUCUUGUCAGUAUCUUCAGGUUCCUCAAGAUGAAUGGUCUGGAUAUACUCCACAUAGCAAAGAUGAUGAGAUUCCAUGUCGGCGGAUGCGGAGUGGCAGUUAUAUCAAAGCCAUGGGAGAUGAUGACAGUGGGGACUCUGACACCAGCCCAAAGCCAUCUCCAAAGAUUGCUGCACGGAGGGAGAGCUAUCUCAAGGCCACACAGCCUUCGCUUACAGAACUCACCACCCUCAAGAUAUCCAGUGAACAUUCUCCAAAACUUCAGAUCCGGAGCCACAGUUACUUGAGGGCAGUGAGUGAAGUGUCAAUCAAUAGGAGUUUGGAUAGCCUUGACCCUGCAACUCUGCUUACUUCUCCCAAAUUCCGUUCCAGGAAUGAGAGUUACAUGAGGGCCAUGAGCACUAUUAGUCAGGUGAGCGAGAUGGAAGUAAAUGGUCAGUUCGAAUCAGUCUGUGAGUCAGUGUUCAGUGAACUAGAGUCUCAGGCAGUAGAAGCCCUGGAUCUGCCCAUGCCGGGCUGCUUCCGCAUGAGGAGCCACAGCUACGUGAGAGCAAUUGAAAAGGGCUGUUCCCAAGAUGAUGAAUGUUUGUCGCUGAGGUCCUCUUCUCCCCCACGCACCACCACCACCGUGAGGACCAUCCAAAGCAGCACCGGUGGCAAACUUUCUGGGUACUCUGUCAAAGAUGUCCUCAUUGAAAUGAAAGACAAAAAGAAAGAUCUAUCUACUGCUCCUAAGAAACAGGAGCACAAGUCUUACAAAGUUUCCUCUUGCAUUACCACAUAUAAGAAGACACCACCUCCAGUCCCACCAAGAACUACCACCAAACCUUUUAUCUCUAUCACAGCCCAGAGCAGCACAGAAUCUGCUCAGGAUGCCUAUAUGGAUGGACAUGGGCAAAGGGGAGAUAUCAUCAGCCAGUCAGGACUUAGCAACUCCACAGAGAGCUUGGACAGCAUGAAGGCACUGACUGCUGCUAUUGAGGCAGCUAAUGCGCAGAUCCAUGGUCCUGCCAGCCAGCACAUGGGUAACAACACUGCCACUGUCACUACCACUACCACUGUUGCCACAGUUACUGCAGAUGACAGAAAGAGGGACCACUUCAAGAAAAACAGAUGCCUCUCCAUCGGAAUACAGGUUGAUGGUGCAGAGGAAUCCACUAGCCCAAAUGAAAACAGAGCAACCAGUAAGUUCCAAUCCAUAGGUGUUCAAGUAGAGGAGGAGAAGUGUUUCCGCAGGUUCACACGAUCGAAUAGUGUUACAACAGCCGUUCAAGCAGACAUGGAUUUCCAUGAGAACUUUGAAAUGUCCUUGGAUCCUCAAGAAGAUAAUUCAUAUCCUGGGCAGAUAUCAAGACAGUAUUCUCGAGAUGCAAGCACUUCCACUGUU